UAAUUCAAUCCAGUUUCAGUUGAAAACUCGGCGUCGUGCGGUGCGGUUUAUUGUUAGCAAAGAACGACGAAAGCAGCAUAAGAAACAUAGCUGAAAAGAGAUUAGGCAAAAGCCACGCUCUUUCACACUCUCUCGCUCAAUACGCUCUUUGUUGGUCGUGCGUGCCAAAAAUCGCCACAGAUCGGAACACGUGGGCACGCGGCAAGCAGCAAACAACAAACUAAACAAUUUAAGAUUAUUUCCCGUGAUUAAAACGUGCAGAGCUUUCUGAUUGUUAUUGUGCUUUAAUAUUAGCAAACAGAGAAAAUGUCAAAUCACGUGCUGGUCGUCGGUAGUGGCGGACGUGAGCACGCCAUCUGUUGGAAGCUCCAGCAAUCGCCGCUAGUGUCGCAAAUCUAUGCGCUGCCGGGCAGCUUUGGCAUUGGGCAGCUGGGCGCAAAGUGCCAGAGUUUAGGCACCGACGCAGUGGAUGCGAAGGAUUUUGAGGCCAUUGCCAAGUGGUGCAAGCUAAACAAGAUAUCGCUGGUGGUGGUUGGGCCCGAAGAUCCGCUAGCUUUGGGUCUGGGCGAUGUGCUGCAGAAGGCGGGCAUCGCAUGCUUUGGGCCCGGCAAGCAGGGCGCACAGAUCGAGGCGGAUAAGAAGUGGGCCAAAGACUUCAUGCUGCGCCAUGGCAUACCCACGGCACGCUACGAGAGCUUCACGGAUGUGAACAAGGCCAAAAAGUUUAUACGCAGUGCCCCAUAUGCCGCUCUGGUGGUGAAGGCCGCUGGCCUGGCCGCUGGCAAGGGCGUUGUGGUGGCCGCCAAUGUGGAUGAGGCUUGCCAGGCAGUCGACGAGAUACUGGGCCAGCUUAUAUACGGCCAAGCCGGCGCCACACUUGUCGUCGAGGAGCUGCUCGAGGGCGAAGAAGUCUCGCUGCUGGCCUUCACCGAUGGCAAAACCAUUCAGGCCAUGCUGCCCGCCCAGGAUCACAAGCGUCUGGGCAAUGGCGAUACGGGCCCCAAUACUGGCGGCAUGGGCGCCUAUUGCCCCUGCCCGUUGAUUAGCAAACAGGCCCUGGAGCUGGUGCAGCGCGCUGUGCUGGAACGCGCCAUCAAAGGACUGCAGCAGGAGCGCAUUGCCUAUCAGGGCGUGCUCUAUGCCGGCCUCAUGCUGACACGCGACGGUCCACGCGUACUCGAGUUCAAUUGUCGCUUCGGUGAUCCCGAAACGCAGGUAAUACUGCCGCUGCUCGACUCCGAUCUCUUUGAGGUGAUGCAAGCGUGCUGCAGCGGCCAGCUGGAGCGCAUCAGCCUGCAGUGGCGCAGCAGCCUGAGUGCUGUCGGUGUGAUCAUGGCCAGCGCUGGCUAUCCGGAAAUUGCUACAAAGGGUUGCGUCAUUACAGGUCUGCCCGCCGCCAACACUGAGACUCAGCUGAUCUUCCACAGCGGCCUGGCCGUCAAUGAACAGCAGGAGCCGCUGACAAAUGGCGGUCGAGUGCUCAUUGUCGUUGCCCUGGACGCGAGCCUAAGGCAGGCCGCUGCUCGUGCCACCAAAUUGGCGGCAGGCAUCAGUUUUGCUGGAGCUGGAGCACAAUAUCGCACGGAUAUAGCACAGAAGGCGUUCAAAAUGGCGCCAGCUCCUUCGCUCAGCUACAAGGACAGCGGCGUGGACAUCGAUGCUGGCGAUGCUUUGGUGCAGCGUAUCAAGCCGCUUUCGCGUGGCACACAGCGACCUGGUGUCUUGGGUGGUCUGGGCGGCUUUGGUGGUCUCUUUCGCAUCAAGGAUCUCAGCUAUGAGCAGCCAGUCAUCGCUGAGGCCACCCAGGGCGUGGGCGCCAAAAUACAGCUAGCACUGCAGAACGAGCUCUACGAUCACAUUGGCUACGAUCUCUUUGCCAUGUGCGCCAAUGAGCUGCUGGAGCUGGGUGCCGAGCCAGUUGCAUUUCUGGACUACAUUGCCUGUGGCAAGCUGCAAGUGCCGCUCGCUGCUCAGCUGGUCAAGGGCAUGGCCGAUGGCUGUCGCGAUGCACGCUGCGCGCUCGUUGGUGGCGAAACCGCUGAGAUGCCCUCGCUAUACUCAGUGGGACAAUAUGACAUGGCUGGCUACUGUGUGGGUCUGGUGGAGGAGUCGCGCGUGUUGCCGCGCUUCGACACUUAUGCGGCUGGGGACUUGCUGGUCGGCUUGCCCUCCUCUGGGCUCCACUGCUCGGGCUUCAGUGAGCUGCUCGCUCAAUUGACGGCGGCUGGUGUGAAUCUCAGGGCUCGUUCGCCGGUGGGCGGUGAUCAUGGGCUAAGCUUGGCUCAGGUGCUGGGCACGCCUACACGGGUCUAUGUGCAGCAAUUGUUGCCUCAUCUACAGGCGGGUGAGAUAAAGGGCGUGGCGCAUGUGACACACGGCCUGCUGCACGAUGUGGAGCGCCUGCUGCCGGCAGCAUACGAAGUAGCCCUGGACUUUGGCGCUGUGCCCGUGCCCGAGGUGUUUGGCUGGCUGGCCGGGCAGCUGCAGCUGACGCCGCAGACAGUGCUGGAGCAUCAUAACUGUGGCAUUGGCAUGCUGCUGGUGCUGCCCCAGGCCAGUCAGCUAUGGAGAACAGCGCUGCCCGGUGCCAAGGUCUUGGGCAUACUGCAGUCACGUGCUGCGCAAGCAACUGCUGCCCGUAUCCAAGUGCGCAACUUUGAGGAGCAGCUGGAGAAGUUGGCUGCGCCGUUCGGCGGCUUGGGUCGCGAGCAGCUAGCCUCGGAGCUGGUGAAGGCACAGCCGCUGCCCGCAACUGCCGCUCGCGAGGAUUGCUUCGAAAAUGCCAGCGGCCGGCGUCUCACACGUCUGCCCGCCCGCUACACGGAUCCCAUUCUUAUACUGGGCACCGAUGGCGUCGGCACCAAACUGAAGAUCGCCCAGCAAACGGGACGCCAUGGCAGCGUUGGCAUCGAUCUGGUCGCCAUGUGCGUCAACGAUAUACUCUGCAAUGGCGCCGAGCCCUUCAGCUUCUCCAGCUACUAUGCCUGCGGCAAGUGGCAGCCACAGUUGGCCGCCGAGGUGGCCGCGGGCGUGCACGAAGGCGCACGACAGGCGAACAGCAGCUUCAUCGAUGCCCACUUAGCCGCGCUGCCGCUGCUCUACGAGCCGCAGGUCUACGAUCUGGCUGGCUUUGCGCUGGGCAUUGCAGAGCGAGCUGCGAUACUGCCACGCUUGGAGGAGAUACAGCCGGGAGAUGUGCUGAUUGGAUUGCCCUCGUCUGGCGUGCACAGCAACGGCUUCAGCCUGGUGCACACUGUGCUCAAGCGGGCGGGCCUAGGCCUGGCGGACCGGGCGCCGUUCAGUGAGCGCACGCUGGGCGAGGAGCUGCUGGUGCCGACCAAGAUCUAUGUGCAGGCACUGGCGCCGCUGCUCGCCCAGGCCGGCCACGGCAUCAAGGCACUGGCGCACAUCACGGGCGGCGGCCUCAGCGAGAAUAUACCGCGUGUGCUGCGCAAGGAGCUGGCCGUGCGGCUCGACGCGAAUCGCUUCCAGUUGCCGCCGGUCUUCGCCUGGCUGGCCUUGGCUGGCAACAUUGCGCCAGCCGAGCUGCAGCGCACCUACAACUGCGGCCUGGGCCUCAUCUUGGUUGUGGGGCCGCAGCAGGUGGAGCAGGUGAUGCAACAGCUGCGCUACGCCCAACGCGCUGUGGUGGUGGGCGAGGUCGUCGCCCGCAAGGAUGCCAAGCGGCCGCAGGUGGUGGUGCAGCACUUUGAUGCGUUGCUGGCGCGCAGCCAGCAGCUGCUGUCGCUGCCACGUCGCCGCGUCGCCGUGCUCAUCUCCGGCACCGGCAGCAACUUGCAAGCGCUGAUCGACGCGUCGCGUGACUCUGCCCAGGCGCUGCACGCUGACAUUCAGCUGGUGAUUAGCAACAAGGCCGGCGUCCUGGGCCUGGAGCGCGCCAGCCAGGCGGGCAUACCAGCGCUGGUUAUCUCGCAUAAAGAUUUCGCCAAGCGCGAGGACUACGAUGCCGAGCUGACGCGGCACUUGGUUGCCGCUCGCAUCGAUAUCGUUUGCCUGGCUGGCUUUAUGCGCGUCCUGAGCGCGCCUUUUGUGCGCCAUUGGCGUGGCCGACUCAUCAACAUACAUCCGUCGCUGUUGCCCAAGUACCCGGGCUUGCAUGUCCAACUGCAAGCACUCGAAGCGGGCGAAAAGGAAUCCGGCUGCACCGUGCACUUUGUCGACGAGGGCGUCGACACCGGCGCCAUACUGCUCCAGGCGCCAGUGCCCAUACUCGAGGGCGACACGGUCGACAGCCUGACCCAGCGCAUACAUCUGGCCGAGCACUGGGCGUAUCCACGCGCCUUGGCUCUGCUGGCCAACGGCUCGCUUGCCCUCAGUGCAGAGGGCAAGUGCGUCUCGAAGCCGAACCAAAUUUGUUAACUGAAUUCUCUAGGCGAAUUCCCACUAAGACAGCUUCCAUAUGCAUGGUAUACGAUAACAUAAUACAUAUAUGUAAGUAC